GGAGCUCUCCUGCCUGCCGCUGCUGCUGCUGCCUGAGCCGGGACGCCCAGGCGGAGUGUCUCUGCCUCCCUCCCUCCCUCCCUCCCUUCUUCCCUCCGGCGGCGAAGCAACCUCCCCACCGGGCUGCUCUCCUUCCAUCCAUCGCCCAGCCGCCCAGCCCAGCCAUGGCCGAAGGAGGCGGAGAAGGAGAGGACGACGUCCAGUUCGUCCGGACCGAUGAUGAGGUCGUCCUUCAGUGUUCAGCCACAAUCUUGAAGGAACAGUUGAAGUUAUGUCUUGCUACAGAAGGCUUUGGGAACCGCCUCUGUUAUCUGGAACCUACCUCCAAUGCUCAGAAAGUCCCUCCGGAUCUGGCCAUAUGUUGCUUCAGUCUGGAACAGUCCUUGUCAGUGCGUGCCCUGCAGGAGAUGCUGGCCAACACAGUAGAGGUAGGCUCCGAGGGUGUUGACUUGGACAAGUGGUCUUCUCAAGGCGGUGGACACCGGACUCUGCUGUAUGGACAUGCUAUUCUCCUCCGGCAUUCCCACAGUGGCAUGUAUUUAAGCUGCUUAACCACAUCCCGCUCCUUGACGGAUAAACUCGCUUUUGACGUGGGCCUGCAGGAAGAUGCAACUGGAGAAGCCUGUUGGUGGACCAUCCAUCCAGCCUCGAAGCAACGGUCGGAAGGAGAGAAGGUGCGCGUCGGUGAUGACCUCAUCCUUGUGAGCGUCUCUUCUGAGCGGUACCUGCACCUGUCUACAGCCAGUGGAGAACUUCAAGCAGACGCAUCCUUCAUGCAAACUCUUUGGAACAUGAACCCCAUCUGCUCCUGCUGUGAAGAAGGGUAUGUAACUGGAGGCCACGUUAUGCGUCUGUUCCAUGGCCACAUGGAUGAGUGCCUCACUAUCUCUACCACUGACCCGAAUGAAGAACAACGCAGAGUGGUGAACUAUGAAGGUGGAGCUGUUUGUUCCCAAGCUCGGUCACUCUGGCGUUUGGAGCCCUUACGAAUCACCUGGAGUGGUAGCCACAUGAAGUGGGGUCAGCCUUUCCGUGUCCGUCACGUCACCACAGGCCACUACUUGGCCUUAACAGAAGAAAAGGGGCUGGUUGUAGUGGAUGCGGAGAAAGCCAACACCAAAGCCACAGCUUUUUGCUUCCGGGCCUCUAAGGAAAAGUUAGAUGUUGCCCCCAAACGGGAGGUGGAAGGAAUGGGAGCUCCAGAAAUCAAGUAUGGCGAGUCCAUGUGCUUUGUGCAGCAUGUCGACAGCGGUCUCUGGGUGACAUAUGCGGCGGCUGAUGCCAAGGCACUGCGCCUUGGGCUGCUUAAAAGAAGGGCCAUCUUGCAUCAAGAAGGGCACAUGGAUGAUGCACUUUCGUUGACCCGCUGCCAGCAGGAGGAGUCUCAGGCGGCCCGGAUGAUCUACAGCACCUCUGGACUCUAUAACCAGUUCAUCAAGGGCCUGGACACACUGAGUGGAAAAAUUAAAUCAAGCACGCCAGUGAAUCUUCCCAUCGAUGGGAUGGUUCUCAGCUUGCAGGAUUUGAUCAACUACUUCCAGCAUCCGGAAGAAGAGCUUCAGCAUGAGGAAAAACAGACCAAGCUCCGUUCUCUCAAAAACAGGCAAAACCUCUUCCAGGAGGAGGGGAUGAUCACCCUCGUUCUGAAUUGCAUUGACCGUCUCAAUGUGUACAGCACUGCCGCGCACUUUGCUGAGUUUGCGGGCGAGGAAGCAGCGGAAGCCUGGAAGGAGAUUGUCAACCUGCUGUAUGAGCUGCUCGCCUCUUUGAUCCGUGGGAACCGCUCCAAUUGUGCUCUUUUUUCCAACAAUCUGGAUUGGCUGGUCAGCAAGCUGGAUCGACUGGAAGCUUCCUCUGGUAUCUUGGAGGUUCUGUACUGUGUGCUGAUUGAAAGUCCUGAAGUGCUAAAUAUCAUCCAGGAGAACCACAUCAAGUCCAUCAUCUCACUGCUAGACAAACAUGGACGCAAUCAUAAGGUUCUGGACGUCCUCUGUUCUCUGUGCGUCUGCAAUGGUGUAGCCGUCCGUUCCAACCAAAAUCUUAUCACUGAAAACUUGCUCCCAGGAAGGGACCUGCUUUUGCAAACCAAACUUAUCAACUAUGUCACCAGCAUGCGCCCCAAUGUCUUCUUGGGAACUCAUGAAGGCUCCACCCAGUACAAGAAGUGGUACUAUGAGUUGAUUGUGGAUUACGUAGAGCCAUUUAUGUCUGCGCAGGCAACGCACAUGAGGGUGGGCUGGGCCAUGGCCGAAGGCUACAGCCCCUACCCUGGAGGCGGGGAAGGCUGGGGAGGCAACGGUGUAGGGGACGACCUCUACUCCUUCGGCUUUGACGGCCUGCACCUCUGGUCAGGCCGUGUGGCUCGACCGGUAACAUCACCUGGGCAGCACACGCUGGGAGCAGAUGACGUGGUGAGUUGUUGCCUCGAUCUGAGCGUGCCCAGCAUCUCCUUCCGCAUCAAUGGCUUCCCUGUCCAGGGCAUGUUUGAGAACUUCAACCUGGAUGGGCUCUUCUUCCCUGUGGUCAGCUUUUCUGCGGGCAUCAAGGUGCGGUUCCUCUUGGGAGGGCGUCAUGGGGACUUCAAGUUCCUGCCUCCUCCAGGCUACGCUCCAUGUUACGAGGCCCUCCUCCCCCGUGAGAAGAUGCGUGUGGAGCCCAUCAAGGAGUACAAACAUGACUUCAACGGGGUUCGGAAUCUUUUGGGACCUACACAGUCUUUGUCCCACACUGCCUUCACUCCGUACCCUGUGGACACCAUUCAGAUUGUCUUACCCCCACAUCUUGAGCGGAUCCGGGAGAAAUUGGCAGAGAAUAUCCAUGAACUUUGGGCCCUGACCCGCAUUGAACAAGGAUGGACUUACGGAUCUAUCCGGGACGACAACAGGCGCUUACAUCCGUGUUUGCUAGAUUUUCACAGCCUGCCAGAGCCAGAACGCAACUACAAUCUGCAGAUGUCAGGAGAGACACUUAAGACCCUACUUGCUCUGGGCUGCCAUGUGGGGAUGGCAGAUGAGAAGGCUGAGGAGAACCUCAAGAAAACAAAGCUUCCCAAAACGUACAUGAUGUCUAAUGGCUAUAAACCAGCACCACUGGAUCUCAACCACAUCAAGCUAACUCCAGCCCAGAAUACCUUGGUGGACAAACUGGCUGAGAACGGGCACAACGUCUGGGCAAGGGAUCGUGUCCAACAAGGGUGGACCUACAGUAUGUUGCAGGACAUAAAAAACAAACGCAACCCCCGCCUAGUGCCCUACAGCCUAUUAGAUGAGCGGACCAAGAAAACAAACCGGGACAGCUUGCGUGAAGCAGUGCGCACGCUCAUUGGCUAUGGAUACAACAUUGAGCCACCAGAUCAGGAAACCACCGGCCAAGACCUGACCAAAGGUCGGUCAGAGAAGGUCCGCAUUUUCCGGGCUGAACAGUUCUAUGCAAUAAAAUCCGGGAAAUGGUACUUUGAGUUCGAGGCGGUCACGACUGGCGAGAUGCGUGUGGGCUGGGCACGACCGAAUGUGCGUCCUGAUGUGGAACUGGGAGCAGAUGAACUUGGUUACGUCUUCAAUGGACAUCGGGGUCAGCGCUGGCACAUAGGUAGUGAGCCUUUUGGCCGCCCCUGGCAACCAGGUGACGUGGUUGGCUGCAUGAUAGAUCUUAUCGACAACAACAUCAUGUUCACACUCAAUGGAGAGAUGCUGAUCAGUGAUUCUGGAUCAGAGCUGGCCUUUAAAGACAUUGAGAUUGGAGAUGGCUUCAUCCCAGUAUGCAGUUUGGGCUUGUCCCAGGUUGGCCGCCUCAACUUGGGGCAGGAUGUCAGCAGUCUCCGCUUCUUCACCAUCUGUGGCUUACAGGAAGGCUUUGAGCCCUUCGCCAUUAACAUGAAGCGGGACAUCACCAUGUGGUUCAGUAAGAGCCUGCCACAGUUUUCCCAGGUGCCAGCAGAACAUCAACAUUAUGAGGUGUCAAGGAUUGAUGGAACCGUGGACAACCCACCGUGCCUCAAACUGACGCACCGGACAUUUGGCUCGCAGAAUGCCAUUGUGGAACUCCUCUUCCUGCGCCUCAGUAUGCCAGUGGAGUUCCAUGAGAAGUUCAAAAUCACUGCUGGCACCACCCCUCUCACCCAUGCCCUCACCAUCCCAGAAGACGAGGUCAAGGACAUUGACCUUGAUUCAGAGUUUGAGCAGCUGAAGAAAACAGCCAGCCGCAAGGAGGCUGAGGAGACCGAGAAAGAGAAACAAGGCCCGGCUCCACCUGGCACUCCCAAGGAGCCUCCUAAAGAGCCCCCCAAGGCUGAGAACGAUAAGGAUGCCUCCACAGAAAAAAGCAAGAAACGAGGGUUCCUGUUCAAAGCCAAGAAGGCCACCACCUUACUUACCCCACAGCCUGUGGUUUCCACGGUACCUCGCCUGGAAGAAGAGGUGGUCCCAGAUGAUCGAGAUGAUCCCGAGAUCAUUAUCAACACCACAACGUAUUACUACUCAGUCCGGAUCUUUGCAGGCCAGGAGCCCACUUGUGUAUGGGUAGGCUGGGUCACACCUGACUACCAUCAAUACGACAUGAACUUUGACCUCACUAAAGUGCGCAAUGUCACGGUGACCAUGGGUGAUGACAAGGGAAACAUCCAUGACAGCAUCAAGAGAAGCAACUGCUACAUGGUCUGGGGAGGAGACUUUGUGAGCAGUACUCAGCAGACUCGUGUCAGCACUGUGGAUCUGGUAAUUGGUUGCCUUGUUGACUUAGCAACAGGCCUCAUGACCUUCACAGCCAACGGGAAAGAGGUCAACACUUUCUUCCAGGUGGAACCCAACACAAAGCUAUUUCCUGCUGUAUUUGUUCUCCCAACAAGCCAGAAUGUAAUCCAGUUUGAGCUGGGCAAACUGAAGAACAUCAUGCCCAUCUCAGCUGCCAUGUUCCGCAGUGAGCGGAAGAACCCAGAGCCCCAGUGCCCGCCUCGGCUUGCAAUCCAAAUGCUGACACCAAUGACCUGGAGCCGCAUGCCAAAUGAGUUCUUGCGGGUGGAUGUGGCUCGCUUCAGCGAUCGGCAUGGCUGGAUGGUUGAGUGCACAGAUCCCAAUAUUAUGAUGGCCCUCCACAUCCCAGAAGAAAGUCGGUGUAUUGACAUCCUGGAGCUUUCGGAGCGCCUGGACCUACUGAAGUUCCACUCCCACUCCCUGAAGCUCUAUUGUGCGGUGUGUGCCUUGGGCAACAACCGAGUGGCACAUGCCCUGUGCAGCCAUGUGGAUGAAUCGCAGCUCCUGUACGCGAUAGAGAGCAGUCACCUGCCGGGCUUGCUGCGCAGUGGUUACUAUGACCUUCUCAUUGGCAUGCAUUUAGAGUCUGCCAAACGCUCCCGCCUCAUGAUGAACAGCGAGUUCAUUGUCCCCAUGACGGAUCAAACCAAGAGCAUCACCCUUUUCCCAGAUGACACCAAAAAGCCUGGCUUGCCUGGCGUGGGCAUGAGCACCUGUUUGCGUCCUCCUCUGCACUUUUCAGACACCUUCUUCGUUAGCACCAACUAUGAGCUGUACCAGCUGAGCCCUUCCAUCCCCUUGGAUAUCCUCAAGGUGAAGGCCAUCACCAUGCUGACCGAGGCCGUCCAAGAUGGUGGGCAGCACACCAGGGACCCCGUCGGAGGCAGCGUGGAGUUCCAGUUUGUGCCCGUCCUCAAGUUGAUCUGCACCCUCCUCAUCAUGGGCAUCUUUGAAGAUGAGGAUGUGCGACACAUCCUCAAAAUGAUCGAGCCCUAUGUCUUUGGGGAGCCCAAGGAGGAGGAAGCACCAGAGGGUGCUGAUGAAGGGGAAGAACCGGUGGAAGAGGAAGAGGAGGAGAUGGUGGCUGUGGAGGAGGAGGAGGAAGAAGGUGAUGGAAUGGAGAAGGAGGCUGGAGGGGGACAGAAGGAGGAGACGGAGGAAGGCGACAAGAGGGAGCUGAAAGCCAUCGAGGCUGGGGAGGCAGAAGCAAAGGAAGACGAGGAGGGAUUGGAGGAAGGCCUGCUACAGAUGAAGCUUCCAGAAUCUGUCAAACUACAGAUGUGCCACUUACUGCAGUUUUUCUGUGACCGGGAGCUGCAGCACCGCGUGGAAGCCAUCAUCGCUUUUUCGGAGCGCUAUAUGGACAACCUGCAGACCAACCAGCGCCAGCGCUACAACACACUGAUGCUGGCCUUCACCAUGUCAGCCGCGGAGACAGCACGCCGCACCAGGGAGUUCCGAUCUCCACCACAAGAGCAGAUUAACAUGCUACUGAACUUCAAGAAUGGGGCUGAUCAGGAGGAAUGCCCUGUACCAGAGGAGGUCCGGGAUGAGCUGCUGGAGUUUCACGCUGACCUGUUGGCUCACUGUGGUAUCCAGGCAGAGGGUGAGGAAGAAGAGGAGGAGGAAGAGACAUCCCUCCGACGACGUUUGAUGAGUUUGGUGGAAAAGGUGGUGAGCUUCCGUAAGAAGAAGGAAGAAGCCGAAGAGGAUCAGCCUCCAAAAGAGGAGCCAAAACCUAGCACUCUUCAGGAGCUGAUUUCACACACCAUGGUUCAUUGGGCCCAAGAAUCCUUCAUUCAAAGUCCGGAGCUGGUGCGGGUCAUGUUCAGCCUUCUCCACCGGCAGUAUGAUGGCCUUGGGGAAUUAAUCCGUGCCAUGCCUAAGGCCUAUACCAUAAAUGCUAAUUCUGUUGAGGAUACCAUGAGCCUGCUGGAGUGCCUGGGCCAGAUUCGUUCGCUGCUAAUUGUCCAAAUGGGGCCUGAGGAGGAGAACCUGAUGAUCCAGAGUAUUGGCAACAUUAUGAACAACAAAGUCUUCUAUCAGCACCCCAACCUGAUGAGAGCCCUAGGCAUGCAUGAAACGGUCAUGGAGGUGAUGGUGAAUGUGUUGGGAGGAGGAGAUUCAAAGGAGAUCCGCUUCCCUAAGAUGGUGACCAACUGCUGUCGUUUCCUGUGUUACUUUUGCCGUAUCAGCCGCCAGAAUCAGCGCUCCAUGUUUGACCACCUGAGCUAUUUGCUGGAGAACAGUGGCAUUGGGUUGGGCAUGCGUGGAUCCACUCCCUUGGACGUGGCUGCCGCUUCUGUCAUUGAUAACAAUGAGCUGGCCCUGGCCCUGCAGGAACAAGACCUGGAGAAGGUGGUGACCUAUCUGGCUGGCGCUGGCCUCCAGAGCUGCCCCAUGCUGCUGUCGAAGGGUUAUCCCGAUAUUGGCUGGAACCCCUGUGGAGGCGAGCGUUAUUUGGACUUCUUGCGGUUCACUGUUUUUGUCAAUGGGGAGAGCGUGGAAGAGAAUGCCAACGUGGUCGUGCGCCUGUUAAUUCGACGGCCUGAGUGCUUUGGUCCAGCGCUACGGGGUGAAGGUGGCAAUGGCCUACUGGCUGCUAUAGAGGAGGCCAUCCAGAUCUCCCAGGAUCCAGCCCGUGAUGGGCCCACAGUGAAAAAAGAUCGCCGCCGGGAGCUGUUUGGGGGAGAAGAAACUCACGAGGAGAACCGGGUUCAUUUGGGCAAUGCAAUCAUGUCCUUCUAUGCCGCCCUCAUCGAUUUGCUGGGGCGUUGUGCCCCUGAAAUGCAUCUCAUCCAGGCCGGGAAAGGUGAAGCCCUCCGAAUCAGAGCCAUCUUGCGCUCUUUGGUGCCCAUCGAAGACCUUGUUGGAGUCAUUAGCCUCCCGUUAGCGAUCCCUUCAUUUGGCAAAGAUGGCAAUGUUAUCGAGCCCAAAAUGUCUGCCAGCUUUGUGCCUGACCAUAAGGCCCCCAUGGUGUUGUUCCUGGACCGGGUGUAUGGCAUUGACAACCAGGAUUUCCUUCUCCACGUGCUGGAAGUGGGCUUCUUGCCUGACAUGAGAGCUGCUGCCUCGUUGGACACGGCUUCCUUCAGUACCACGGAGAUGGCACUGGCCUUGAACCGCUAUCUUUGUUUGGCUGUGUUGCCACUCAUCACCAAGUGCGCGCCUCUUUUUGCUGGUACUGAGCACCGAGCCAUCAUGGUCGACUCCAUGCUGCAUACGGUCUAUCGGCUGUCUCGCGGACGCUCCCUCACCAAGGCUCAGCGUGACGUCAUUGAAGAGUGUCUCAUGGCACUGUGCAGAUACAUCCGGCCCUCCAUGCUGCAACACCUCUUGCGCCGAUUAGUGUUUGAUGUGCCCAUCUUGAAUGAGUUUGCCAAGAUGUCCCUGAAGCUACUGACUAACCAUUAUGAACGCUGCUGGAAGUAUUAUUGUCUUCCUACUGGGUGGGCCAACUAUGGGAUCUCCUCUGAGGAAGAGCUUCAUCUGACCCGGAAACUCUUCUGGGGUAUCUUUGAGUCAUUGUCCCACAAGAAAUAUGACUCUGAGCUGUACAAGCUCGCCAUGCCCUGCCUGUGUGCAAUUGCAGGGGCCAUCCCACCCGACUAUGUGGAUGCCAGCUACUCCUCCAAGACUGAGAAGAAGGCAUCUGUGGAUGCUGAAGGCAACUUCGACCCCAAGCCUGUGGAGACACUCAACGUCAUAAUUCCAGAGAGACUGGAUGCUUUCAUCAACAAGUAUGCUGAAUACACUCAUGAGAAAUGGGCAUUUGAUAAGAUUCAGAAUAACUGGUCAUUUGGAGAGGCCUAUGAUGAGGAAGCCAAGACGAGCCCCAUGUUGCGGCCAUAUAAAACAUUCUCAGAAAAGGAUAAGGAAAUAUACCGGUGGCCCAUCAAGGAAUCUCUGAAGGCCAUGAUUGCUUGGGAGUGGACAAUUGAAAAGGCUCGUGAGGCUGAGGAGGAGAAGACUGAAAAGAAAAAGACCCGCAAGAUCUCACAGACGCAGACGUAUGACCCUAGCCAUGGCUACAACCCUCAGCCCAUAGAUAUCUCUGGAGUAACCCUUUCUAGAGAACUGCAGGCCAUGGCAGAGCAGCUGGCUGAGAACUACCACAACACCUGGGGUCGCAAGAAGAAACUAGAGCUAGAAGCCAAAGGUGGAGGCACCCAUCCUCUUCUGGUGCCUUACGAUACUCUAACAGCAAAAGAGAAGGCACGGGACCGAGAAAAGGCCCAGGAGUUGCUCAAGUUCUUGCAGCUUAAUGGCUAUGCGGUGACAAGGGGUUUGAAGGACAUGGAACUGGACACAUCAUCUAUUGAGAAACGAUUUGCCUAUGGGUUCCUGCAACAGCUUUUGAAGUGGAUGGACAUUUCUCAAGAGUUCAUUGCCCAUUUAGAGGCUGUGGUCAGCAGCGGACGGGUAGAAAAAUCUCCCCAUGAGCAAGAAAUCAAGUUCUUCGCCAAGAUCCUGUUGCCUCUCAUCAACCAGUACUUCACCAACCACUGCCUCUACUUCUUGUCCACACCAGCCAAAAUCCUGGGCAGUGGGGGGCAUGCUUCCAAUAAGGAGAAGGAGAUGAUAACCAGCCUUUUCUGCAAAUUGGCAGCCUUGGUCAGGCACCGGGUCUCUCUCUUUGGCACAGAUGCUGCUGCCGUGAUUAACUGCCUGCAUAUCCUUGCCCGCUCUUUGGAUGCCAGGACAGUGAUGAAGUCAGGCCCUGAGAUUGUCAAGGCCGGGUUGCGUUCAUUCUUUGAAGGUGCCUCAGAUGACAUUGAGAAGAUGGUGGAGAAUCUCAAGCUGGGCAAAGUGUCACAGUCCCGCACCCAGGUCAAGGGUGUGGGCCAGAACAUCACCUAUACCACAGUGGCACUGCUGCCCGUGCUCACAUCCCUCUUUGAGCACAUCGCCCAGCACCAGUUUGGGGAUGACGUCAUGUUGGAUGAUGUCCAGGUCUCCUGCUACCGAACUCUGUGCAGUAUCUAUUCCCUGGGCACAACAAAAAAUCCUUAUGUGGAGAGGCAGCGGCCACAACUUGGGGAAUGCUUGGCACGACUAGCAGCAGCGAUGCCUGUGGCCUUCUUGGAGCCCCAUAUCAAUGAAUACAACCCUUACUCUGUCUACACCACCAAGUCACCCAGAGAGCGAGCCAUCUUGGGCCUACCAAACCGAGUGGAGGAGAUGUGCCCUGAUAUCCCUGUCCUGGAGAAGCUCAUGAAGGAAAUCAGCGGACUGGCUGAGUCAGGAGCCCGCUACACUGAGAUGCCCCAUGUCAUCGAGAUCACCUUGCCAAUGCUUUGCAACUACCUCCCUCGCUGGUGGGAGCGGGGCCCCGAAAACAACCCCCAGGGCCCUUGGUGCACUGAUGUGACAUCCGAUCAACUCAACACCUUGCUAGGCAACAUCCUGAAGAUCAUUGUCAACAACCUGGGCAUAGAUGAAGCUUCCUGGAUGAAGCGGUUGGCAGUCUUUGCACAGCCCAUUGUCAGCAAGGCAAAGCCAGAACUGCUUCGCUCCCACUUCAUUCCCACCAUGGAGAAACUGAAGAAGCGCUCGGGGAAGGUAGUAGCGGAGGAGGAGCAGCUGCGGCUGGAGGCAAAGACAGAGUCUGAGGAUGCUGAGCUACUUAUUCGGGACGAGUUCUCGGUGCUGUGCCGGGACCUCUAUGCCCUCUACCCCUUGCUCAUCCGAUACGUUGACAACAACAGGGCCAAUUGGUUGACGGAACCAAACUUGGACGCUGAGGAGCUGUUUCGGAUGGUUGGGGAGGUGUUCAUUUAUUGGUCGAAGUCACACAACUUCAAACGAGAAGAGCAAAACUUUGUCGUGCAGAACGAAAUCAACAACAUGUCUUUCCUAACUGCCGACAGCAAGAGCAAAAUGUCCAAGUCUGGAGAAGGCCAGUCGGGGGGAUCAGACCAGGAGCGGACGAAGAAGAAACGCCGUGGGGACCGCUACUCCGUCCAGACCUCGCUCAUUGUGGCCACUCUGAAGAAGAUGCUGCCCAUCGGCCUGAACAUGUGCUCCCCCACGGACCAGGAGCUGAUCAACUUGGCCAAGAUACGCUACUCCCUGAAAGACACAGAUGAGGAGGUGCGUGAAUUCCUCAACAACAACCUACACCUUCAGGACAAGUGUGAGAACUCCUCAUCCAUGCGCUGGCAGAUGGCACUCUACAAAGAGAUGUCUGGCAAAGCCGAGGACUCGAACAACCCAGAGAAGAUUGUCAAGCGGGUUCAGGAAGUCUCAGCUGUGCUCUUCCACUUGGAGCAGACAGAGCACCCAUAUAAGUCAAAGAAGGCCGUGUGGCACAAACUGCUCUCCAAGCAACGCCGACGUGCUGUGGUGGCCUGCUUCCGCAUGACGCCUCUAUACAACCUGCCCAGGCACCGGGCUUGCAAUAUGUUCUUGGAGAGCUACAAGAUCUCCUGGAUCCUGAGUGAAGAGCAUCCUUUUGAAGACAGGAUGAUCGACGACCUGUCUAAACCAGGAGAGGAGGAGGAGGAAGAAGAGGAAGAAGCCGAAAAGAAGCCUGACCCCCUGCAUCAGCUCAUCCUGCAUUUCAGCAGGACAGCCCUGACAGAGAAGAUCAAAUUGGAGGUAGACUAUCUCUACAUGGCUUAUGCUGACAUCAUGGCAAAGAGUUGCCACAUAAUUGAAGGUGAAGAGGGUGAAGAGGGUGAAGAAGGGGAAGAAUCUGAACUUUCCUUUGAGGAGAAGGAGAUGGAAAAACAGAAGCUUCUUUACCAACAGUCCCGGUUGCACAACCGAGGGGCAGCCGAGAUGGUUCUGCAGAUGAUUAGUGCCUGCAAAGGGGAGCCUGGUGCCAUGGUAUCGUCUACGUUGAAAUUGGGCAUCUCCAUCCUGAAUGGCGGCAACGAGGAAGUGCAGCAGAAAAUGCUGGAUUAUCUGAAGGAGAAACGUGAAGUGGGGUUCUUCCAGAGCAUCCAAGCACUAAUGCAGACAUGCAGUGUGCUGGAUCUCAACGCCUUUGAGCGACAAAACAAAGCCGAAGGACUGGGAAUGGUGACAGAAGAUGGAACGAUCAUCAGUCGUGAAAAUGGAGAGAAGGUGAUGGCCGACGAUUUGUUCACACAGGACCUCUUUCGGUUCCUGCAGCUCCUAUGUGAAGGUCACAACAACGAUUUUCAAAACUACCUGCGGACACAGACAGGAAACACAACCACAAUCAACAUUAUAAUUUGCACGGUUGACUACCUUCUGCGUCUUCAGGAGUCCAUCAGUGACUUCUACUGGUAUUACUCUGGCAAGGAUGUGAUUGAUGAGCAAGGCAAACGCAACUUCUCCAAAGCCAUGGCGGUGGCCAAGCAGGUCUUCAACAGCCUUACCGAGUAUAUCCAGGGACCGUGCACUGGGAACCAGCAAAGCCUAGCACAUAGCAGACUGUGGGACGCUGUCAUUGGUUUUCUUCAUGUCUUUGCUCACAUGAUGAUGAAAUUGGCUCAGAUGACCCAACCCCCAGGACUUCGAAAUGGCGAUCAAUUUCGGAGUGAAUCCUACCCCGAGGAUGCGAGCCAAAUUGGCCUCCUGAAGGAGCUGCUGGAUCUGCAGAAGGACAUGGUAGUAAUGCUGCUGUCCCUAUUGGAAGGAAAUGUGGUGAAUGGCACCAUUGCCCGGCAGAUGGUGGACAUGUUGGUAGAAUCCUCUAGCAACGUAGAGAUGAUUCUCAAGUUCUUUGAUAUGUUCCUGAAGUUGAAGGAUAUUGUGGCCUCGGACGCCUUCCGGGAUUACAUUACAGAUCCUCGCGGGCUCAUAUCAAAGAAGGAUUUCCAGAAAGCUAUGGACAGUCAGAAGCAGUACACCCCAUCUGAGAUCCAGUUCUUGCUCUCUUGCUCAGAGGCCGACGAGAAUGAGAUGAUUGAUUACGAGGAGUUUGCCAACCGCUUCCAGGAGCCUGCCAAAGACAUUGGUUUCAAUAUUGCUGUGCUGCUGACCAAUCUCUCUGAGCACAUACCUCACGACAACCGCCUCAAGACUUUCUUGGAACUGGCAGAAUGCAUCAUCAACUACUUCAGCCCCUACCUGGGACGCAUUGAGAUCAUGGGGGCCAGUAAACGUAUUGAGCGCAUCUACUUUGAGAUUAGUGAGACCAACAAGACUCAGUGGGAAAUGCCACAGGUCAAGGAGUCCAAGCGGCAAUUCAUCUUUGAUGUGGUCAAUGAGGGAGGAGAGUCAGAGAAGAUGGAGCUCUUCAUCAACUUCUGUGAAGACACCAUCUUUGAGAUGCAAAUUGCGGCACAAAUUUCUGAGGAGGAAGGGCAGGAGGAGGAAGAGGAGGAUGAUGAAGAAGGGGCAGAAGCAGGGGAAGCUGAGAAGGCAUCGGCACCAGCAGAGGCUUCUUCGGCUUUUGGGGAGUUUCUGGAAAGUGUCCUGAACUUUUUCCGGAUGUUCACAUACCGCAACAUCCGCCGGCAGUUCCGUAAAGUCAAGAAGAUGACUGUGAAGGAGAUGGCCAUGGGCAUUGCCACCUUCAUUUACACCAUUUUGAUGGGCAUCCUCUUUUUCCUCUACAACAUCUUCAAGGGCAUUUUCCUCCUCAUCUGGAACACGCUUUUUGGAGGUGGCCUAGUGGAAGGGGCCAAGAAGAUCACGAUGACAGAGCUGCUGGCCAGCAUGCCUGAUCCUACGCAGGAUGAGGUACAUGGAGACGUGGCCCCGUCUGAAGAGGUGGAGCAAGCAGUGGAAGAAGGGGAAGAAAUAGAGAUUGCUGAACCCGGCACUGAGGAAGCACCUGCCGAAGGAGAAGACAAGAAAGAGCAUUUCCGCCCCAUGGGUGCUGACCCACCUGGUGGGCUUGGAGAUAUGGGUGAUACGACCCCUGUGGAACCACCUACGCCUGAAGGAUCGCCCAUCCUUAAGAGGAAAUUAGGAGUGGAUGGAGAGGAAGAAAUAGUGGAGCCAGAGAAAAUUGAAGAACCUCCUGUAGAAGCAGAGAAAGCUGAUGCUGAAAAUGGGGAAAAGGCAGCAAAAGAGGAGGAAGAGGAGAAGAAGAAAGAGGAGAAAGGGGAAGAAGAACCCAAAGAAGAAAUACCCACAGAACUAGUGAAGGAGAAGAAGAAGGUGACACAGCGGGAGAAGAAGGAGUCCGAGGCAGCAGGCUCAGAAUUUUGGAACGAGCUGGAAAUCCAGAGGAUAAAAUUUCUGAACUAUCUGUCUAGGAAUUUCUACAACCUCCGCUUCCUUGCCCUCUUCUUGGCCUUCGCAAUCAAUUUCAUCUUGCUUUUCUACAAGGUGUCAGACACACCUCCAGGCGAGGAGGAGUUUGAAGGCUCUGGCUUUGAAGGAGACUUGGAUGGAGGCUCAGGCGGUGGCUCAGGCUUUGGUGGGGACGAUGAUGGCGGGGAUGGCAACGGGAACGGCAACGGGGAUGAGGACGAUGAAGACAGCGUGGUCUACUACUUCCUGGAGGAGAGCACAGGCUACAUGCAGCCGGCCUUGCAGUUCCUGGCCAUCAUCCACACUCUCGUCGCCUUCCUCUGCAUCAUUGGCUACAACUGUCUCAAAGUGCCCCUGGUCAUCUUCAAGCGGGAAAAGGAGCUGGCACGCAAGCUGGAGUUCGAUGGGCUCUACAUCACAGAGCAGCCUGAAGACGAUGAUAUCAAAGGCCAGUGGGACCGCCUGGUGCUCAAUGCCCCGUCAUUCCCGAGCAAUUAUUGGGAUAAAUUCAUCAAGAGAAAGGUGCUUGAUAAGUAUGGAGACAUCUAUGGACGGGAGAGAAUUGCAGAACUGCUGGGGAUGGAUUUGGCCAGUCUGGAAAUCACAGCACAGAAUGAGAAAAAAACAGAGCCGGACAAGUCUUUUCUUACUUGGAUCACCUCCAUUGACCUCAAAUACAAGAUAUGGAAGUUUGGAGUGAUCUUCACAGACAAUUCCUUCCUGUAUCUUUUUUGGUACAUGGUGAUGUCUGCCCUCGGCCACUACAACAACUUCUUCUUUGCUUGCCACCUCCUGGACAUCGCCAUGGGGGUCAAGACGCUGCGGACCAUCCUCUCCUCUGUCACUCACAAUGGCAAACAGCUGAUGAUGACAGUGGGGCUGCUGGCGGUGGUUGUGUACCUCUAUACAGUAGUCGCUUUCAACUUUUUCCGCAAGUUCUACAACAAGAGCGAGGAUGAGGACGAGCCUGACAUGAAAUGUGAUGACAUGAUGACGUGCUACCUCUUUCACAUGUAUGUUGGGGUCCGGGCUGGUGGGGGCAUCGGUGAUGAGAUUGAGGACCCAGCAGGUGAUGAGUAUGAGCUGUACCGUGUCAUCUUUGAUAUCACCUUCUUCUUCUUUGUCAUUGUCAUCCUGCUGGCCAUAAUCCAAGGUUUAAUCAUUGAUGCCUUUGGGGAGCUGAGAGACCAGCAGGAGCAGGUGAAGGAAGACAUGGAGACCAAAUGUUUCAUCUGUGGAAUCGGGAGUGACUAUUUUGAUACGACACCGCACGGCUUUGAGACCCACACACUGGAAGAGCAUAACCUGGCGAAUUAUAUGUUCUUCCUCAUGUAUCUCAUCAACAAAGACGAAACGGAGCACACUGGCCAGGAGUCCUAUGUCUGGAAGAUGUAUCAAGAGCGCUGCUGGGACUUCUUCCCUGCUGGCGACUGUUUCCGGAAGCAGUAUGAGGAUCAGCUUGGCUAGGUGUUUCCUACAGUGGUGUCUAAAGGAGGGAAGUGCCUGGCCAGCCUCCACCUUCCUGGCCCUUUUUCUUUGGCCCUGGACGGAUGGGGGCACAGCCAAUGCAGGGCGGCACACCGGAUCUGGCCUUUUCUCUUUCAGAAAGCAGUGGGAGAAGCUGCCUUGUCCAUCUGCCCCCCCCCCAUCGUUGCCGCCAUCUCUUGUGUGUCCUGCUGCUUCUCUCCCCCCCACCCCCCACCCCAAAUACACACACAUAGCCAGACCCAACUGUCUUGAGCCCUGGGCCAAAGAGGUGGAAUAUACGGCUAGGAAAAAUUACUUGAUGGUUGAGGGCUGGAUGGUGGCAAUUAAGUGUAAUGCUUGGCCAGUAACUCUUCCCACCCCUUUCCUGUCCCAUGGGGGUGUCCAUGCAAUACUUCCCUUCCUGGGUCAAAGGACCCCCCCAGUUUCAAGUGCCUUUCAAUAGACUAUUAGCCCUAGUACAAGAGGGUCUUUCGUGGGUGGGAGCUAGAUGCUAUUUUUGGUUAAGGGGGAAGAGGAGAGGAGAGUUAUUUUGCUGCUAUCUCACAUUGGCUGGAAACGGAGGGCAGGCAGAGGGAGAAGAGAGCCAGUCCCAAAGGUAGGGGUACUAAUGCAGCCCUCCUCCUCAUCAGUCCCCUUUGCAGUAUUGGCCUCCUCCGCUCCAAGCUGUGUCUCAUUUGUGGGACUUGGGUUUGUGUGAUGGUGAUGGUGGGACUUCUCUGUGCUACAUUUUUUCUGUGGAGCUGGGGAGGCACCAGUGAAGCCCAUCCCAUCCAACUUCAUGUGUGUUUGUGUGUGCAUAAGGAGCCAGAACAGAGUGAGUAUUAUGCUCCAUUCCACUCCUGUCCUGUUAGCCACUGUGUCCUACUGCCAUACAAAAUCAUAAGUGGGGCCUGCUAUGGGGACAGCUGGGAUCCAAACACCUCUGUCCUUGCCCUGUCCUUGAGCACAGCUUGGUUACCUGCCAAUAAAACCAUAGACUGCUGCA